AUGUCCUCGACUAAGGGUCCUAAAAAUCUAUUAUUGUCAAAGCUUGAAUCACAUCCUACCAAUGAGUUUGGCCCAAGUUACACAGCCAUGAUUGGGGCUUCAUUGGAAACAUUGAAAAUUCUGGGAAGCCCCAAUUUGAAAAGGCUUCCUGUGAAUCCAAAGACUGCAACAAAGCUGAGGGAAACUGUGGUAGGAGAAAAAUGGUUCAAUGCGUUGGAGUGGGAUGAUGACCAAACUGAUGAUGACAAGUUACACCUACAACAAAGAGUCAAGCUGGUCAAACCCAAGACCCCAGACACCGGAAUCACUAGAUUCCCGCGGCGGCGAACAGUCUUUGCUGUGGCUGGGCCACCGGCAUCUCGGCCGAUCCCCAACACUGUCACAUCGCCACCAGAGAAGGUGGAGCUGCUCAAAUCACUUAGCGGGUGGGCGGGAGAAAAUAUUCUGCCACUACUAAAACCAGUGGAGAAAAGCUGGCAGCCGCACGAUUUGUUGCCGGACUCAUCGUUGCCGUCUGAUGAAUUUGUGGAGCAAGUUCUGGAAUUACGUAAGCGAACAGCAGAAUUGCCUGACGAUUACUUGGUAGUAUUGGUUGGUGACUUGAUCACAGAAGAGGCUUUGCCCACCUACAUGUCUCUUCUCAACCGAAGUGAAGGGGUUAAAGAUGAGACCGGAACCAGCCCGGAUGCUUGGGCUGUUUGGAUCAGAUCUUGGACCGCAGAAGAGAACCGGCACGGUGAUCUGCUCAACAAGUAUUUAUAUUUGUCUGGACGUGUCAACAUGCCUAUGAUCGAGCGUACUAUACAGAACCUUAUUGGUUCAGGCAUGACUGUAGCAUCAGAAAUCACUCCAUACACUGGACUCGUGUACACAUCAUUCCAAGAACGAGCGACAUUCAUAACACAUGGCAAUACAGCUCGGUUGGCGAGGCAGAGAGGGGACCCUGUGCUAGCACGUAUAUGUGGCACGAUCGCAGCGGACGAAAAACGGCAUGAAAAUGCCUAUCAAAUGAUGGUGGAGAAACUAUUAGAGGUGGACCCCACAGACACCAUGCUAGCAAUUUCUGACAUGUUGGGUCAGAACAUCACAAUGCCAGCCCACCUGAUGUACGAUGGUGAGAACCCCAAUCUCUUCAACCAUUUCUCCAUUGUCGCACAGAAACUCGGCAUCUACACCAUCGCAGACUAUGCGGAUAUAUUGGACUUCCUUAUUGAGCGAUGGAAACUAGAGAAGCUUGUGGGCCUCAACAGUAAAGCCCACAAAGCCCAGGAUUUCGUUUGUGGAUUACCACACAAGAUUCGAAAGGUACAAGAACGAGUCGAAGGACGGGCCCAGAAGAAGAAGCCACAAACCCUGCGCUUUAGCUGGAUCUUCAACAAGGAGCUCAUUCUGUAA